AUGGUUCACCCAGCUCAACAGCAAGCUUCCAAUCCUAGCAUCGUCGCAGUUUCCAUGCUGACACUCGAAGAGAGCAUCGAAAGGUUCUGGAAGACCGAGGAACUGACCGUCAGCAAUAACUACUCAAUCGAAGAGCGCCAUUGUGAAGAUUACUAUCAGUCCACCACGUCUCGAGAUACGACAGGCCGAUACAUCGUUCGUCUGCCGCGGAAGCCCGAUUUUGAUGCCAUGCUAGGGGAAUCCAGGACCAGUGCUCUUCAACGUUUCGAACAACUUGAACGGCGUCUCGAUCGGGAUCAGAAAUUGAAGGAGGAAUACCACAACUUCAUGAAGGAGUACCUCUCCCUCGGCCACAUGCGUCUGGCCGAAACGGACGACGGAAUUCACUCCAACACUUACUAUCUACCCCACCACCCCGUGAUGAAGGAGGAAAGUACGACCACCAAAGUGAGAGUCGUAUUCGAUGGUUCGGCUCGUACUUCUACCGGCUUCUCUCUCAAUGAAGCUCUCUGUGUGGGUCCGGUGGUUCAAGAUGACCUUCUCGCUAUUAUCCUUCGGUUUUUGACAUACCCCGUGGCUCUCGUCAGCGAUGCAGCGAAAAUGUACAGACAGGUACUGCUGCACCCAGAUGACUGUCCUCUGCAAUGCAUAUUUUUCCGGUUCUCCAAAGAUAGCCCCGUUCAAACUUACAUGCUGUUAACCGUGACCUAUGGACUAGCACCAUCCUCCUUUCUCGCGACGCGUACUCUCCAGCAGAUUGCGACGGAUGAAGGCGAUGCAUAUCCGUUAGCUGGUCCAUCAAUACGCAAGAACUUUUAUGUGGACGACUUCAUCGGAGGAGCAAAUUCUAUUGAAGAAGCUGUUCAGCUUCGGGGGGAGCUUUCGGAAUUGCUUGAAAAAGGUGGGUUCGUUUUAAGAAAGUGGACGUCGAACCGCCUAGAAGUUCUACAAGGACUCGAGAACGACCAGAUUGGAACUCAAUCGAGUUUGCAUUUCAGCCCAAACGAGUCCAUAAAGGCGCUAGGAAUUCGCUGGGAGCCAGAGUCCGAUCAACUGCGGUUUGAUUCCCAAAUACAGCAACGUGAAGAUCAACCCACGAAGCGGUCCAUCCUCUCCGACAUCGCUAGGCUAUUCGACCCGCUCGGACAAAUUGCACCUGUCGUUGUCACUGCAAAGAUUCUGAUGCAAGAAUUGUGGUCUCUCUCGUGCGGCUGGGAUGAUCCCGUACCGCAUGCCAUUCAACUGAAAUGGGACAACUUCCGGCGUGAGCUACCGAAGAUCGCAACUUACCGAAUCGACCGUUAUGCAUUCUUGCCGGAGGCUAGAGUGGAGCUACAUACCUUCGCCGAUGCUUCAACAGCUGCAUAUGGAGCAUGCACGUACGUCCGCUGUGAAAACGCCCUGGGAGUGGUGAAGAUUCGACUAUUGGCUUCGAAAAGUAAGGUGGCACCGCUAAAAAGACUGACCAUCGCCCGACUUGAGCUAUGUGCUUGCGUCUUGGCUGCGCAUCUGUAUAAUCGCAUCAAAGAAUCCAUCAACAUCCACGUGUCAGCAUCGUAUUUCUGGUCAGAUUCUUCAGUCUGCAUAUACUGGCUUCGCGCACCUCCUAGUUCGUGGAAGACAUUCGUGGCGAACAGGGUAUCGGAGAUACAACACUACACUCAUGGUGGCAGGUGGAACCACAUAUCUGGCUCAGAGAACCCUGCAGAUCUCGUCUCACGUGGGAUGUCAGUUGAGGAAUUUGUGAAGAAUGAGGCGUGGAAGCAUGGUCCAUCCUGGUUGGCGCACCCGCAGCAGUCCUGGCCGAUUUCGAAUCCGUCUACCGUCGCAGAAGAAAUUCUGGAAGGAAAAAACGUCGUUGUGUCCGUCCAAACGACGCCCAGCAUCAACCCAUGGUUCCUUCGGUGGUCGUCAUACAAUCGCUUGCUCCAUACAAUCGGAUACUGCCUGCGUUUUGCUGCUAAAACUCGAUCAAAGACCAGAACCCAGCCACUUGCAACCCCUCCAGAGAACGAACUCAGCCGGCAGUCGCUUACCGUCAAGGAACUUGCCAAUGCCAAUGCCCUUCUAGUCCGCUUUGCCCAGCAGGAUGCCUUUCGUGAAGAAACCAGGGAGCUUCAGCGAGGAAAUCCAGUUCCAAAAAGCUCACCAGUGCGUCGUCUAUUCCCGUUCAUAGACCCAGAGAGAAUCUUGCGAGUUGGAGGUCGGCUUAAUCUUUCUCAGCUUCCCUACCAAUCAAAACACCCUGCCCUCCUCCCAAAGAACCAUCCGUUUACUCGGCUAAUCGGCGAGCACUACCAUCGGAAACUUGUCCACGGCGGCGGGCGUCUCCUUUUGUCCACGAUUCGCGAAGAGUACUGGCCCCUGAAUGGUCGUCAUUUGGUCAAAGGCAUCGUACGAAACUGCUUCCGUUGCUCCCGGCAGCAUCCGAUACCCGAACAGCAGCAAAUUGGUCAGCUACCUGCUUCGAGGAUCAUUCCAAGUCGUCCGUUCUCCAACACAGGCGUGGAUUAUGCUGGUCCGUUGUACAUAAAGCCUAUUCACAAGCGCGCCGCGCCCGCAAAAGCUUACCUGUGCGUAUUUGUAUGCUUCGUGACAAAGGCCGUUCAUUUGGAAUUGGUUGGGGACCUUUCCACCCAAGGAUUUCUAGCGGCUUUGCGACGGUUCACCUCAAGGCGGGGAGUCCCAACCCACCUAUAUUCCGAUAAUGGGAAAAAUUUCGAAGGAGCAAAGCGCGAACUGGCCGAGCUAUUCGUCAGAUUUAAGAGCAACAACGAGCAGAGCAUAAUCGCUUCAGCUUGCUCCGAGCAAGGGAUAAUGUGGCACUUGACUCCUCCCAAGGCACCACACUUCGGUGGCCUAUGGGAAGCAGCGGUCAAGACUGCCAAGCGGCAUUUAUUUCGUCAAUUAGGAAGUACACGUCUCACUUUCGAAGCUUACUACACAAUCCUACAUCAAAUCGAAGCCGUGAUGAACUCUCGUCCUCUGCUCCCGAUGUCCGACGAUCCAAACGAUCUUGCUGCACUGACGCCGGCACAUUUCCUCAUCGGAUCGUCUCUUCAAGCCCUGCCCGACCCAGACCUCCAGCACACAUCGGUGGGCACCCUCGAUUACCUCCAAAAGCUCCAGCAACACAUCCAGAAAUUUUGGAGUCACUGGCGGUCGGAGUACCUGCAGGAGUUACUGAAGGACACCAAGCUUGCUGCACGAAACGACGAUAUUCAACCCGGACGAAUGGUCAUCUUAAUCGAUGAAAUGUUACCGACGACCCGUUGGCCACUUGCCCGCAUUACGGAGGUGCACCCUGGAAGCGAUAAAUUAAAUCGAGUUGUUAGCCUACGAACUGCGAAGGGCAUCAUCAAGAGGCCAAUCACCAAAAUUUGUCUGCUGCCGCAUUCAGAACCGAUUCCCGAAGAAGAACGACGCGAUGAUCCCACCGCUGAUCCGCAUACCAGCUCAUCAGGAGGAAUUCUCACCUAG